GUUAAUUGUUUGCACGUUUUAAGCAGCGGGAAGACAACAUUUUAGUCGUAGCGCAAUUUUUUUUUAAAUGGGUGAUCAAGCAAAAAUGUCUUCCGUUCAUGUUUUAAGGGGGUUUGUUAACGAGCGACUAGCUGCUGCUGCUGAAGAAAUAUUCUGUGUUUUUGAAAAAACUAUCGUCGAGUACGAGAAAGAGAUCGACCGUCAGCGCAGACUGUUGGAUAUCGUUUGGAAACCCGAAAUAAAGUUACACGAAAUAGAGCUCCCACAGCAACGUGUCUGUGAGGAGGAGGAGGGGGAGGAGGUUCCUGCUGACCAGCAGCUCUGUAUUCAGGAGAGGAACUCCAGUCUGGACCAAGAGGACCCAGAGCCUCCACAAGUUAAAGAGAAACCAGAGCCUCUACAAGUUAAAGAGGAAUCGAAGGAACUCAGCACCAGUCAGGAGGGAGAGCAGCUUGAAGUGAAGCAGGAGACUCCUACUUUUGAGGAAAGUGACCACAGUGAAGAUCAGACUGUGUACUUGAAUCCUGAUGACACUGCAGCAGAGACAGAGUCUGCAGUCACCAUACCAGUUAUAAGCUCUGUGGUAUCAUAUGCAACCAGUGACCACCAGCUCCUCUCUGGUGAUCAAGCAGAGCCAAAACAACAGAAAAGACCCUACAGAACCAGAAGUCACAUUAACAAUGUAAGCAGCCCGAACCUGCCAGAGAAUAACUGUAAUACUGACCAAGGUAAAAAGUCUUUCAAAUGUGACACAUGUGGAAAAGAUUUUAAUUAUAAGGGAAAUUUGCGGAGACACCAGAGAAACAUCCACAAAAAUAGGCCAUUUACUUGUAAAAUAUGUGGAAAACAUGUACAGUCUACUAGUUUGGUGAGCCAUAUGAGAAUCCACACAGUCGGAAAACCAUUUACAUGUAAAAUUUGUGGGUGGGGUUUCAGACUCAAUAGUGCAUUGAAACAACACUCGACAAUCCACACAGGUGAGAAGCCAUAUUCUUGUAAAACUUGUGGGAAAGAUUUCAGACAACAUUCUAACUUGGUGCUCCAUAUGAGAAUCCACACAGGGGAGAAGCCAUACGCUUGCAAUACUUGCGAGAAAAGAUUUGCUGACCGUUCCACAUGUAAAACACAUAUGAGAAUCCACACAGGUGAAAAGCCGUUUGCAUGUGAAGUUUGUGGAUUGGUUUUCAACCAGCGUGGUCAUUUGAGAAUCCACAUGAGAACUCACACAGGUGAGAAGCCAUACGCUUGCAAUACUUGCGAUAAGAGAUUUGCUGACGGUUCAACACGUAAAGUGCAUAUGAGAACCCACACAGGUGAGAAGCCGUUUACUUGUAAAAUUUGUGGGACAUCUUUCAGACGCAACAAUAUAUUAAAAAUUCAUGUAAAAACCCACACAGGUUAUACUCCACAUUCUUGUUAAAUAUCAGGAAAAGGGUUUCAAAAUUAAUUGUGACUUAAAAUUCCACAAGACAAUCCAAAACAGUUGAGAAGCGGUCGACUUGUAAAACGAGGGACAGCUUUCAGACAAACUGGUGAGUUGAUCAUCCGCAUGACAUCCUAACACGGGUGAAAGAUUUUGGACGCAAUAGCUUUUUGGCCGCAUGAGAAAAGGUCACACUGGUGAGAAGCUCUUCAAAAGAUAGAAACCACUGAGCUA